GGGUGGGUCGCGACCCGCUGCCGGGCGGUGCGCGGUGCGGUGCGGGCUGCGGAGCGCGCCGCCGCUUCGCCUUCAAAGUGUGUGAGCCGGCUGCGGGCUUUGCUUCUACUUACCGCAUUUUUUUCUUCUUUUAAAUCAUUAUUUUGCCAUUUUGUUAUUUAUUUUCUCCUACUUCGUUGCUAUUAUUUUUGUUAUCGUUGUUUGUAAACUAAUUGCCUCCAUGGGGGGCGGAGGAAAGGAAAUCAAAGCUGCCGCAGCUGAAGGGUGUGCGAGCACGCUGGGGAAGAGCCGAGGAGCCGCAGGACAGGAUGGCAGCGGGAAGCCCGGCGGCAGCGGGAAGCCCGGCCCCGGGAAGCCCGGCUGCGGCGGGGACCGCUGCCCGCGGCGGGCCGGGCCGGUCGGCUCCGCGCUGGCCGCGCUCCUCUCGGCGCUGGCCGCGGCCUCCUGCGUCUGCCUGGGGGUGCGGACCAGCGACCUCCAGGCCAGGGUCGCGGCCAUCGAAGGCGCCCGAGGGGGCUUCUCUGCCGCCGCCCCGCUCCCGCCGCUGCCCGGCUUUUCCUUGGAGCAACUGAACGCGAUGAUGCAGGAGAAAGUGGAGCGACUUCUCGCCCAGAAAUCCUACGAGCACUUGGCAAAAAUACGAGUAGCGAGAGAAGCGGCUCCAGAGUGCAACUGUCCACCAGGUCCUCCAGGGAAAAGAGGUAAGCGGGGAAGAAGAGGAGAGACUGGACCUCCUGGCCUACCAGGGCGAAAUGGCUAUCCGGGUCCGAUUGGUAUGGAUGGAAAGCUGGGUCAGCCUGGUCCUCAAGGCCCUCCUGGUCCAAAAGGCGAGAAGGGAGAUCAAGGUGAUCAGGGCCCUCGGAUGGUGUUUCCUAAAAUCAAUCAUGGGUUUCUCUCUGCUGAUCAGCAGCUCAUUAAACGCCGCCUCAUUAAGGGGGACCAAGGACAAGCUGGACCCCCUGGACCUCCAGGGCCACCAGGACCCAGAGGUCCCCCAGGAGAUACUGGCAAAGAUGGUCCUCGUGGGAUGCCUGGCUUAACGGGUGAGCCAGGAAAACCAGGAGAACAAGGACUGACAGGACCUCAGGGGCCUCCAGGACAAAAGGGUUCUGUCGGAGUGCCUGGUGUUCCAGGGAGAGAUGGACAAGUGGGUGAACCUGGUUUGCCUGGCAUAGCAGGAGAGAAGGGAGAAGCAGGGCUCAAGGGUGACCCUGGAGAAAGAGGAGAAAAGGGGGAUGCUGGCGAGAAUGGACUGAAGGGUGACACAGGAGAAAAGGGUGACCCUGGCUCUUCUGCGGCUGGAAUUAAGGGUGAACCUGGUGAAUCUGGACGGCCUGGACAAAAGGGUGAACCAGGCCUUCCUGGGCUUCCUGGACUCCCUGGAAUAAAGGGUGAACCAGGUUUCAUUGGUCCACAAGGAGAGCCUGGGUUGCCAGGGCUACCAGGAACAAAGGGUGACAGAGGAGAGGCAGGCCCUGUUGGGAAGGGUGAGCGAGGUGAACCUGGAAUCCCUGGACCAAAGGGGAAAACAGGUGAACCUGGAUCUAGAGGCCCCAAAGGGUCAAAGGGUGAUACAGGUGAGAGAGGUGACACGGGAUCUGCAGGUCCACGGGGACCACCUGGACAGAAGGGUGAUCAAGGUGCAACAGAGAUAAUUGAUUAUAAUGGCAAUAUCCAUGAAGCUCUGCAGAGGGUUGCCACCCUGACUGUCACGGGACCACCAGGACCACCAGGACCCCAAGGGCUGCAAGGGUCAAAGGGUGAACCAGGAUCCCCAGGAACUCCAGGAGCUGAUGGAGAGCAGGGUCCUAAGGGCUCAAAAGGAGACACAGGUGAUCCUGGAAUGCCUGGAGAAAAGGGAGGAAUCGGACUGCCUGGCCUACCAGGAGCUAAUGGCAUGAAAGGUGAAAAAGGAGACAUUGGUUUGCCUGGUGCCCAAGGUCCUUCAGUGAUAGGACCACCUGGACCACCAGGGCCACAUGGUCCUCCAGGCCCUAUGGGACCUCAUGGACUGCCUGGCCCAAAGGGUGAACCAGGGUUAAAUGGUCUUAAAGGAUUGAAGGGUGAACCAGGUCAAAAGGGUGACAGAGGGCCCCUUGGUCUUCCAGGAGCAUCUGGCUUAGACGGAAAGCCAGGAGCCCGGGGUGUAGAUGGCCCAGUUGGUCCCCAUGGCCCUGCAGGUCCCAAAGGAGAGAGAGGUGAGAAGGGAACUGUAGGUGACCCUGGACCCAGAGGACCAUAUGGCUUGCCUGGCAAAGACGGCGAGCCUGGCCUUGAUGGUUUCCCUGGUCCUCGAGGAGAAAAGGGUGAUAUAGGAGAAAAGGGAGAAAAGAACACAGUGGGGGAAAAGGGAAAGAAAGGCAAAAAAGGGCCUAAAGGGGAGAAAGGAGAACAGGGUGCUCCUGGAUUAGAUGCACCUUGCCCAUUGGGUCCUGAUGGAUUACCAAUGCCUGGCUGUUGGCAAAAGUGAUGAAUCUAACCUUACAAGCAUGAAGUUGUGUAUAUAGUGCUCCACUUUUUUUAUUUAUAGUUGAAAACUGAAAAUUUGAUUUUACAAGUCUGAGAUAUGUUUACAUGUAGCUGCUUCUACUUGUUUGCAAUAGUCCAUACAUACAUCUUUUUUUCACCUACAUCUGCAGUUAGAUGAUACAAUAACUGCAGGAUAAACCUGCAAAGUUUGUCUCUCUAAUGAGAGAGAGAGAUCUCAAAGCAAUGAUCAAAAAUAGAAAUUAAUAUUUCUGUAAAUUCUUAUAUUUUGGCUUGUGGAUAUGCAUGGACAAUGAGUGCCAUGAACUAGUUUACAAGAAAUUGUGACCAAAUAAGAGCAAAAUGCUAUGAAAUGUACUGUACCAGCUGCUGUUGGAGUUUACUGACUUGGCUUCCAUGUCCAUCUUAAACACCUCAUGAUUCAUGACACCACAUCUGCUCAUAUGAACUAAAAGCAUGAGUUUGUGUGCCAAACCUGCUUGUUGUGUGAUCAUGAGUGGCUGUUCACGGUGACCUUUGAUUCCAGCUUCUGAGUCAUUUCCUUUUGUCAUCUCAAGGGAGUCACACCAUGGCUCAUUGCUAAAAAGAGAUAAACCAGAGGAGCAUAGAAAGAGGCCUUGAAUUUUUGGGGAAUAGCAUUCCAGCUGCAGGUGGAUGGCUUCCAGUCUUGCAGGAUACUUGGCCCCUUUGAUCAAGGAGGGUCCCGCCUGUUGAUCAGCAUCGGUUUGCCUUGCACUGCUCACGGUCGUGAAGACAUUCACGAUAGGCCCUGUCGAGUCCUUAAUCAAGAGGGACAGAAGUUUGAAGAAGAAACCAGACUUCUCUGUGGGUUGUUUGAAAAGGUUACAGAGGUGCUGCAGGGAUCAUUUGAUGGCAGACACCGCCUGAGACCAGAAGCUUCUCAACCUCACUUGAGGAUGGACAGAGUAUACUCUGCAUAUUGUAUUUUGGGACUGCUGGAGGAGAAAGAAUUCUUGAGGUGGGGAUGAAUCAGAUCAUCCUCCAGAGGAGGAUAACAAUGGAACUGACCAGAGAUGUAUGUAUCAUGGUGUGGUUUUCAGGUUUUUCACUUUAAAUUACACGUAACUAGCUGAACUUCUCUGCGGGAUUUUGGAAGCAGUGGUUAAUUUUGUUUCCUUUUCCUGUUACUGUUGCCAUAAAGAAUGCAUUUCAAUAAUGUAUUCAACAUUUGUGGUGACAGCAUUGAAGAAAAUACUUUCAAGCCACAUAUUCAUCGUUUCAGUAUUAACAGUUUUUAUUUCAGAGUCUUUGAAGUCUUUAAGUCUAGAAAAGAAAGAGUUUAUUUCUGUGUUUCACAGAAUAGUGUAUUCAUCAUGUUCCUUUUAUGUUGUUACAGUGACUUUAGUGGACAUUAUUACUCAAAAAACAUUGGAGAGAAACAAUUCCGUGUGAUUAUCACUGCACACUUGUCACCACGCUCCACUGUUAAAUGUGUUGAUUUUUCUCUGUUUCUGUUCAGAUGGCUUUCUGGAGAAACAUUUCCUUCUCCCCUCUUUUUUUUAUUGCUAGAAAUAUGUGAUUUGUGCACAUUUGUAGUUUUGCCACGAGGUAUUUUUUACAAUUUUGAGUCUUCAUAUGGUGCACUGAAAUUAGUUUGAGAGAUUAAUUUAUGAGAAAUGGUGCCAUAUUUGGCAGAUGGAAAUUCUUUUUAUAUCACUUCUGUUCCUAAUGUAUAUAGCAGGAUCAUCACAAACUUUUUUAGUUACUUUUCGAAGAGUUGUCUUUCAUAUGUAGACCAAAACUAAAGUUGAAGAAGACAGCCUGCCUCCAUUCAUAUGAGGGCGCCUUAUGCCCUUCUUGGAACGCACAUUUUUCCUUGCUCUAUCAUUUCUAAAUCAUGUGAAGAUGGGGGUCACACUUUUUGUAUUGCUUCACAAUCUCAGAUCAGUGGAAAUGCCACUAUAAUGGAAUAUUUCCCUUUGGUGAAUCUUUAUUAUCAUUUUGGUAUAUUGGAGUCAAAUCCAGCUUUUCAUUGAGGAAAAAACAGAUUUUCAAAACGAAAAGUCAAUUUAGUGACCUCCAAUUAGUAAUAUCUUACUAAUGGAAACAUAAAUCUGACACUAUGUAGAUAUAUACACUGAAUGCAUGUGCAUUUUUACUGCUCAAUUCCAUCUUUCCAGUAGUAAGAAAUAAACAAGUGUUCACAGAUAUAAGGAAAUAUGUUUUGCUUUCCUUAAAUUUUCAGAGAUGCAAGUUAUCAACCUGUUUGAAUAGUCAUGAUUACAACAGUGAAAACCUUCACGUGGCGCAGGCUGAAUAUGAAAUGUUACCGGAGUGUUACAGCAGUAAUGCGACUGAGGGCCUCUCAGAAAGAGGACAGGAGCAGCACCAUGGAAGCCUCUGACUUUCCAGUCUGCUUGUUUAGGAAGCACCAUCUCAAAAACACAGCAGGCUGAGGAGCAAGCUGCCUGCCCAACAGAAAAGAGUCUCUCGUGUCAGUGUCCUAACUUGGCACAUUUGGCCGGGUAUAUGAUAGAUGUGGAGACUAGAAGCUGAAUGUUUUUUAAGAUAUCAAAUACUGGCAAUCAAUACAGUAAGAUGAAAUGUUUUUGAAAGGUGCCUCAGAGUAUUUUCGUGCAAAAUCAAGUAGGAUGUUUAAGAUCUGUGUAGAUGAUUUAGCAACUCCAUAUUGAGAGUGUCCACAAACACAACUCAUUUAAGAAAAAGCAACAAGAUAAAAAACUAUCAAAUGCAUGCUGUCAUUAGCACUUUCUCUUUUUUUUUAAAUUUGUGUACCUAUAUUUUUUAACUGCCCUCCUAGCAUCCAUUUCUAUAUGCACCAAUAAAGCUAGCAGAGCCUUGGUUCAUGGUUUUGUCAUUCAGGAAAUAAUUACAGACACUACUGUUAAGUGUUAGUCAAAAUUCAGUUCUCCCUUAACUCCCUGAUGCUGAGACCCUACUGAAGAAACACUUAAGCACCUUUAUUUGCUUUCUUUUCUGUCUUGUAAAUUAUUUUCUUUAUUAAAUUCCUGACAGGUAGGAAUACUUUUUUUUCCAAAUCAUCUUACUUAUCUUUUUUUAGCCUUUGUGUUGUUCAAUAUCAUGAAGUGUUCAUUCCUUCUAAAUGAUCAUGAGUGGGCAGUAGAUAAACAAUUUAAUUUGAAAGGUUAAACUACAUACAUAGAUUGAAUAUUUGGCAUUAAUAUUUGCAUCUCAAAGAUUGAAUUGAAAUGAAACUUAACCAUAUCUAGAAAAGUUGCAUGGUCAGUACAAGAAAAAAAAGCAAUUGGGUUUAAUAUUUCAUCAGGAAAAGCACCCUGUGAAGACUUGCAAUGCGUUUAUUUUGUUCAAGAAGCAACUACUUCUGGUGCUAGUAUAUAUUUUUCCUUUUGAUGGCAAAGCUACAGUUUGAACCGCCAGUGUGUUGUUGUAUCGUUUAGCGGCAUUCCUCCAAGUAGAUAUGAUUUGUUUUGUUUAGUUUGUGACAGGAACAGUAGUUCCUCUACCAGUCUUUUCAGCUGUAGAAAUGUGUAGUGGUAUUAGGCUACACAGUUUCUAUAUCCCUGACUUUUUCAGGUAUGAUUAAUUCUUGUUUCUUUGAGAGUUUUCAGUAUUUGUUUCAUAUGAAAUUUUGUAAUCUAUCUGUUACUCCAGUGCAUUAAAACCACAUUGUGCAGAAGUCCUGCUACAGAGGCUGCAAGUCUUUUAAGCACUGUAUGGAAUAUGUCUGACAUACGUGGUCCUUGUCUUCAUAUGCAUAGACUAACUACAGGAAAGCUUUCUUUCAGGAUGCUUUAGACAACUUUUUAUUUUUUCCUGAGGUAAAGCAUGAAAUGUUAAAUCACAGAGCAAUGAUACAAUGUAUUUUUUGAUUUAUAUUUUUAUUUAUUGCUGAUCUUGAUGUCAUAUUCUGAUAGUGUAGCAAAGCAGAAUGAUACUCUUCAUCCAGCUGUUUAUAUAUUCUUUUAAUCUAUGGUGUAAGUAGUAUGAAUGAGUUUCAGAAUGAUCAAACCCAUAUAUCUGCACAUGUGUAAAGUAUAGAGUUUGAAAAGGAGUAAUUCUUAAGAUUGAUGUACAGUGUGGAAAGUUAGCAGUGGCCCCACUGAGCAUUGUGUCCAUGGAUGGGGUGCAUGGGACCCCCAGUUGCUUGGCUGUGCCACAAGAGAGACAAAGCAACCCAAAUGAGAUCAGAAGACCUUUGGUCCUCAUGGGAGGGUGGUGCUUGUAAGGCCAGGGGCUGUGCCAGGACAUGUGGCUCAGAUCCUGGAUCUCCGUGGGGUGUUGAGAGAGUUGUCCCACUGACCACCCCAGAGCUGGGAUCGUAAACCUGGCUCAGCCAUGUAAGGCUCCUCCCUUGGCUGUGCCUCCCCAUCCCCAGCAAUGACCAGGGGACAGAGAUGCAUCCUCUCCUUGAAAAGCUCUUUGAGACAUGUGGGAGGAAGGACCCAGGUGUUGUGCUUUGUCACAAGGGGAAUUUUACCAACUUCAGCAGUGGGGUUUUGCCUAAAUCAGGAGUACUUCAGUAAGAACUGCAGAGAUAUUCUCAGCCUAUUUAUUGAAAGUGAUGAAGAGGUUCAAGGCAUGCAGAAGUUGACCCUUCCCUUCCAAUUUCCUGAUCUCUGCUGCUUGACCAUCUUAAAUUACAUUUUAAAAUCUCUGUAUUUUACCUAAUGAGAUUCCUAAAUUUUCACACUAAAGACUCACACAAAACACAUCUGCAAAGAUAGUGGUCAAAAUAAAGUCUAAUUUGUAGACAUUGCAAAAAUUCUAUUUCAGUGACUGGAAUUAAAACUAACACUGAUUUUUUUUCCUUUUCUGCAACUUGUUUUUAUGGAUGUCAGUGUUGCUGUAAUGUACAAAUGAAGGUUUUCUUGCACCCUCUGUUAUUAAAGUAUUUUACAUGGUGGUUGGAUUCAUUAAAUGCAGUUAGAAACAAGUGCCUGCCACCAUCAUUUCUGAAAAAGAUACUCUACAGAACAAAUGGAGUUUGUAUUUUAAAAAGAGAUUUGGAGUGUUGUUUUUGUUUCAAUUUAUUUUUAAAUGCAUCCAAUUAUCAAUGCUGCUUAGAAAUUGAAUUUUCUUUGAAAGCAGGGGGCCUUAACCUGGGACCGUUAGUGUUUUACUUGUUUCUAUUUAAAAAAGAAAUUGUAUGAAUUUCCCAGAUCCCAUUGGUACUUGCACACUUCUCUGAAGUAUUAUGGAGAGUUGGGUUGGUGAAAGAAUGUUUUACAUAUUGUUAACAUAUAUGUGGAUAUUCUUAUAUUAUUGUACAUGUUUGGGAAAAUAUCACACAACUUUAAAAAUGUCGCUAAGAUGUAUGUAUCUGACUUUUUCCUUUGGAAAAUAUAUUUUUAUUUGUAUUUUUUACUUUUUUAAGUUCAUCUAUAUGUGCCGUUAUUUUUGUAUUGCAAAUGGUCUCAUAAAUGAAGUAGAAGAGAUAAAAAUACAAAGAAAAGUAAUUUGGCAAGGAUUUCAAUGCUUGGGGGGAAAAAUGCAUGGGUCAGCAUCAUAUUGUCAAUACUAGAAAUACUUUUGAGUGUCUUAGCACUGUAAAUAUGUCACAAGACCUCUUUUGAUGAAUAGUGUAAGGAAUUGAAAGGUUUUAAUCACCCAUUUUAAUUUGUUAUUAUUUACCACUUUCUUGUGGCCACUUAAUUGAACCCGAUCAAACAGCAUGCUUUUGUUUUUAUUAUUAAAAUUUCUCCAUGUUUUUCAGUUGAA